UGAGGCGAGCCCACGUGACCCGAGCCCCGGGUCCAACAUGGCGGCCUCCACGGGUCGCUGGCUUGUCCUCAGGUUUGCGCUACUCGGCUUCUUCGGGGAGGCGUCCGGCGGCCUCGGCUCAGGGACCUCCCGCGACGACGACUUGCUGCUGCCCUAUCCACGCGAGCGCGCGCGCCUGCCCCGCGACUGCACACGGGUGCGCGCCGGCAGCCGCGAGCACGAGAGUUGGCCUCCGCCCCCCGCGACCCCUGGCGCCGGCGGCCUGGCCCUGCGCACUUUCGUGUCGCACUUCGGGGACCGCGCGGUGGCCGGCCACCUGACCUGGGCCGUUGCGCCCCUGCGCACCUUCUCGGUGCUGGAGCCCGGCGGGCCCGGCGGCUGCGCGGCGAGACGACGCGCCACCGUGGAGGAGACGGCGCGGGCGGCCGGCUGCCGCGUCGCCCAGAACGGCGGCUUCUUCCGCAUGCACACGGGCGAGUGCCUGGGAAACGUAGUGAGCAACGAGCGGCGGGUGAGCAGCUCCGGGGGGCUGCAGAACGCGCAGUUCGGGAUCCGCCGCGACGGGACCCUGGUCACCGGGUACUUGUCUGAGGAGGAGGUGCUGGACACUGAGAACCCAUUUGUGCAGCUGCUGAGUGGUGUCGUGUGGCUGAUUCGUAAUGGAAGCAUCUACAUCAACGAGAGCCAAGCCACUGAAUGCGAUGAGACACAGGAGACAGGUUCCUUUAGCAAAUUUGUGAAUGUGAUAUCAGCCAGGACGGCCAUCGGCCACGGCUGGAAGGGCCAGCUGGUGCUGUUUCAUGCGGACGGCCAAACGGAGCAGCGUGGCAUCAAUCUUUGGGAGAUGGCAGAGUUCCUGCUGAAACAGAAUGUGGUCAACGCUAUCAACCUGGAUGGGGGUGGCUCUGCCACCUUUGUGCUCAAUGGAACCUUGGCCAGUUACCCAUCAGAUCACUGCCAAGACAACAUGUGGCGCUGUCCCCGCCAAGUGUCCACCGUGGUAUGUGUGCACGAGCCCCGCUGCCAGCCGCCUGACUGCCACGGCCACGGAACCUGCGUGGAUGGCCACUGCCAGUGCACUGGGCACUUCUGGCGAGGCCCUGGCUGCAGUGAGCUGGACUGCGGCCCCUCUAACUGCAGCCAGCACGGGCUAUGCACAGAGACCGGCUGCCGCUGUGAUGCCGGAUGGACUGGGUCCAACUGCAGUGAAGAGUGUCCCCUUGGCUGGCACGGGCCGGGCUGCCAGAGGCCUUGUGAGUGUGAGCACCAGUGUCCCUGUGACCCCCAGACUGGCAACUGCAGUGUCUCUGGAGUAAAGCAGUGUCUGCAGCCACCUGAAGCCACCCUGAGGGCAGGAGAACUCUCCUUUUUCACCAGGACCACCUGGCUGGCCCUCACCCUGGUGCUGGCCUUCCUCCUGCUGAUCAGCACCACAGCAAACCUGUCCUUGCUCCUGUCCAGAGCACAGAGGAACCGGCGACUGUGUGGGGACUACGCCUACCACCCACUGCAGGAGAUGAAUGGGGAGCCCCUGGCCACAGAGAAGGAGCAGCUGGGGGGCGCCCACAACCCCUUCAAGGACUGAAGCCUCAAUCUGCCCGGGGUGGCAUGUCCCAAAGGCUUGUUUCCCCACAGUCCAGCUUCUGCAGGGGAAAUGUCACGGCCCCUGGCAUGGACCAUCUGGGUGUCCUCAGCCCCUGCGCUGCAGCCAAGUUCCUGAUAGCACUUGUGCCUCAGCCCCUCACCUGGCCGCCCGCCGGGGCACCUGUGACCCUAGCAAUCCCAUGCUCUCCGAGAGACUGAGCCUCCUGCUUCCUGCCUGCCUGUGUCUGCUGCCGAGAAGCCUGUGCCCCGGGAGGGCCGCUGCACUGCCAAAGAGUCUCCCUCCUCCUGGGGAAAGGGGCUGCCCGCAAACCGAACUCAGUGACCAAAUCAUGACAAAACAGCACAUCGUGGCCAGCACCCCGGCUGCAGUGGAAGGGACAAGUCUGCCCUCCUGUGACACAGGACCCCUUUCUACAGACCUCGUCACUGGAUUUGCCAGCUCAAAUUGGGUUUCCUGUCAUGGGAAGCUUCGGGUGAAAUCAUGUUUACAGACCUAUUUUGUCAUCCUGCUGCCAAGAAGAUUUUUUUAAUCACUUGAAUAAAUUGAUAAAAUAAAAGGAGCCA